AUGAUCUGGUCAACUCUUCUGGGGUUCAUCGUUGCGUUCGCAUCUUCGCAGUGGGUCUCCGCCGCCCCCUCCACCCACCACAGACAUGUUGACAUACAAGGGCAUCGCGGUGGGAGAGGAAACACUGUUGAGAACACCCUACCAAGUUUCGCCUGGGGACUCAUCAACGGUGCUGAGACCUUGGAGCUCGACAACGGGGUCACCAAGGAUGGUGUUGUUGUCGUGUGGCACGACGAGGAUAUCGAGCCAGCCAAGUGUGUUGAUACCAAGCCUGCGUUUCCUGGGGACCCCUUAUUCCCUUAUGUCGGGAAGUUCAUCGCCAACCUUACGCUCGCGCAAGUCAAGACACUCGAUUGUGGUUCAGAGCGCCUCGUCGACUUCCCUUUCCAAUUAACCUACCCGAAGACACGUAUUUCCACCCUCAAGGAGACGUUUGACUUCGUGGAAUGCGCUGACCCUCAGCACAAGAUUCUGUGGAACAUAGAGUCGAAGAUUGAUGCGCAGUUCCCGAAUCUGACGCGAGGCGUUCAGGACUUUGUGCAAAGGCAGCACGCUUUGUUCGUCGCCAGCCCGUACCGUCGCUCCAUUACGUUCCAAAGCUUCGACUGGAGAUCUCUAAUUGCAAUGAAGAAACUCGACCCAAGCUUCGUGACCUCGGCCUUGAUCCAGGACACCACCGCAUUCGGGCCUAACAACACGACUUCACCGUGGUUAGCCGGUCUCAGACUGGACUCCUUCCCCGGUCCUUCUGUCGGCGCCCAAGUAUCCCAAGCAGCGCACUCAAUCGGUGCCGGCAUCGUCUCGUCUUCCGCGACGGCAGCAGGCAGCCCCGGGGACCCUGCCCGACCCGGCUUUGUCGCCUUCACCGACCAAACCAUGAUAGACGAAGCACAUAAGCUCGGGCUGACUAUCAAGCCUUGGACGGUCGAUUCCUUGAACCUUGUGGAGCGGUUGGUGAAGAUGGGUGUCGAUGGGAUCAUCACGGACUUCCCUGAUGGCGUUCGACGGUGGGCACAACAACAGGGUCUCAAAGUUGCACCCAAAUUCUCACAAGAGAAGGUGCUUGCCUGCCUGGCGGCGCACACGAAGAAUUGGUAG